GGCAGCUCUACUAGGUGGACUAGCUGAUUUGGUGGGUGGACUGGGGUGUUAGGAAUCCGAGAAGUGAUGGGAAGUGAGGCUUUUAUCCCUGUCCCCCACAGCGCUGGACCCCCAGCCUCAGGAGGAGGCAAAGGCUGAGGUCGAGUCAGGUGAGCUUGGCCGGCUUCGGGCCGAGCUGGCAGGCGCCCGGGCAGAAAUGGAGACCAUGAAGGCUGUGGCGGAGGUGAGCGAGAGCACGAAGGCUGAGGCUGUGGCUGCAGUGCAGCGGCAGUGCCAAGAGGAGGUGGCCUCGCUGCAGGCCAUCCUGAAAGACUCCAUCAGUAGCUACGAGGCCCAGAUUACUUCCCUGAAGCAGGAGCGGCAGCAGCAGCAGCUGGACUGCGAGGAGAAGGACCGGGAGUUGGGCCGCCUGAAGCAGCUGCUGUCCCGGGCUCACCCCCUGGACUCUCUGGAGAAGCAAAUGGAAAAGGCCCACGAGGACUCGGAGAAACUGCGGGAGAUCGUGCUGCCCAUGGAACAGGAGAUUGAGGAGCUGAAGGCGAAACUGCUGAGGGCGGAGGAGCUGAUUCAGGAGAUCCAGGUGCGGGGCGGCCAGGCCUCUCUGGUGUCCACGGGCACCCUGGUCCCCGAGGGCAUCUACCUGCCCCCCCCUGGUUACCAGCUUGUCCCAGACACCCAGUGGGAGCAGCUGCAGGUGGAGGGCCGGCAGCUGCAGAAGGACCUGGAGAGCGUCAGCCGUGAGCGGGAUGAGCUGCAAGAGGGUCUGAGACGGAGCAAUGAGGACUGUGCCAAGCAGAUGCAGGUGCUCCUGGCCCAGGUCCAGAACUCAGAGCAGCUGCUGCGGACCCUGCAGGGGACCGUGAGCCAGGCCCAGGAGCGGGUUCAGCUGCAGAUGGCAGAACUGGUCGCCUCCCACAAGUGCCUGCGCCACGAGGUAAAACGACUGAACGAGGAAAACCAAGGACUCCGGGCUGAGCAGCUGCCAUCCACAGCUCCCCAGGGCCCGGAGCAGGAUGUGGGCGAGGAAGAGAUGCUGCCCAGCUUGGUGCCAGCACUGGAGGAGGAGACGGCAGCCAGGGCCAGCCUGGAAGGGCAGCUGAGGGUGCAGCGGGAGGAGACAGAGGUGCUGGAGGCCUCCCUGUGCAGCCUGAGGACGGAGAUGGAGCGGAUCCAGCAGGAACAGAGCAAGGCCCGACUCCCAGACCUCCUCUCAGAACAGAGGGCCAAAGUGCUGCGGCUGCAGGCUGAGCUGGAGACCAGCGAACAGGUGCAGAGGGAUUUCGUCCGACUGUCCCAGGCUCUGCAGGUGCGCCUGGAGCGGAUUCGCCAGGCAGAGACACUGGAGCAAGUACGCAGCAUCAUGGACGAGGCACCCCUGAGGGACGUUAGGGACAUCAAGGAUACCUGAGGGGCCAGGAUGAGAACCCACCUCCACCCCGCCCCCACCCUGGGGACGACUGCCUUUCUCCACUCCAGAGCCAGGAGGCCUGGGCUCUGGGGGAUCUUGGA